UCAGAUUAAAACUGUAUUAAUGCAACCAAAUGAUGGAAUGUCAAGGAUGAAUACAUUUAUGGGACUGUCUGAUGUCUUGGGAUCCUCUUUGAUGCAACCACCUUCCGAUACAGAUGACCUUGAGUCUUCAUUUCUGAAAACUUCCUUUUCAUAUUCUGAAGAAAGGGCUAGUAAGCAAGAUCUUGGAUCGUCACUUAUAUUGAUGUACAUACCAGAUUCCAAUCCAACCUUGAUAAAUUCUCAUUCAUAUAUAUUUCCACAUUUAGAAGGGACUUCACCGGAUAGUCAUUUUUCCCAGCAGAACAAUGAAGAUAUUCUUGGAUCAUCGUUAUUAUAUUCACCAAACAGGAAUACACUUCUGGAUAAUUCUAAACUUGAUAUCCUUGGAUCCUCUCUAGUUCAUUCACCAAUUAAUGGUUCACCCUGUAGUGAAGAUCGAUCAUUUAUUAAAGAAGAUACCACAGACAUUCUUGAUGAGACAGACAUUUCAGAUAACGAUUUAAGGCUUGCAGAGUUGAUUGAGUCUAUAAGAGGCCCUAAGUUUACUAGCACCCCAUCUAAAGCACAAAGGGAACUAAAGUUUGAUAGAGUGAAAGCCAAGCAGCAGCCUGAUAAACCAAUCAGUAGUUAUAUACACAAGGAAGUAGCCAGUGCAAAAAAGAUGAAAAAGAAGGCUUUGAAUCCUAAAGAUGUACAAACUUCAAUGAAAAUGGUUUGCUUUUGUGGAGAAAAAUGUAUGGAGAAAUUUUCUCCAAGGACAGUUCGUCAAUUAAGAGAAGGGUAUUGGUGCCAAUCACAAACCGUUAGGCGACAAAUGUUGAAAGUUUAUUUAAACAAAUCUGCUUCUAAAGGAAAAUUUAGAUUUAUUUUCAUUAAAGACAAUGUACCAGUAUGUUUCAAAGCUUUCCUCCAAAUGUUACGUAUCAAUAAAAUUCUUUAUUACAUGCUUUUAAAUUAAUUGAUAAGGACAGUGAGACCUUGUGUACCCCUGGAAGAUGUCCAAAAAAAAAAAAGAAUGAGAAUUCACUGACAGCAAUAAACUGGUUGGAAGAUUAUGCCUCAUUCUACGGUGAUAGAAUGCCAAAUAUUGGUGAUGUUAAACUACCAUACAAGGCCAGGAAGCUGUCAGUUUAUCAAAGUUAUAGGGAAGAUGCAGAUAAUCCUGUCAGCAAGUCACAGUUUUUCAAGAUUUGGAAAAAUUAUUUCCCUCACCUGAAAAUUAAACAGGUAAGCUAUUAUAAACAUGAUUGAAUUGUAAUAAAGAUCUUUAUAUAUACAUGUAUAAGGAAAAGUUGGUACUCAUCGUUACAACGUAUAGAUGAGUACCUUUGUACUAGCAUUUUUAAUAUUUAACCGUUUUUUACGGUUAUUGUUUGCUAGAAGGAUUCGUGCUGUAUAUAAUCUGGGUAUUCAC